UUUUAAAGAAAAAGAAGAAGACAUUUACUAUUUACUGAGGAACUGGCAUUGGCUUCGUAGAAGCAAUUUUUAAAAUCAAAAUACAUAUUUUGUUCAUCAAACAGGGCUGGGAUCUUGGAUGGAGUGAGUGUUGAGCCCCAGUGAGAUGACUGACCAGGGCAACAACAACCAGAACAUCUCCUGCAACCCCUUUGCUGCCCUCUUCAGCUCACUGGCUGAUGCCAAGCAGUUUGCAUCAGGCCAGAAACCUCAACAGCACUCUGCUCAGCCACCACUGGAGGACUCAGGAGAGAGCCAGUCGGAGUCAGAAAACUCUGUUUCAGACAGCGUUGAUGACAAUGACGACUCCGUGGCAGAGAUUAGCCGCUCCUUCCGGUCACGGCAGGAGCUGUGUGAGCAGCUCAAUGUCAAUCACAUGAUCCAGCGAAUAUUUCUCAUCACCCUGGACAACAGUGAUCCUAGUCUGAGAGGCGGUAAUGGGAUCCCUCCUCGAUGUGUUUACCUGGAGGAGAUGGCUGCAGAUCUAGAUGGGCAGGACUGGCUGGACAUGGACAACAUAGAGCAGGCUCUGUUUAACCGUCUGCUGCUGCUAGAGCCAGGAAACCAGCUCAUCUAUAUGACAUCAUGCAGCGCUGUUAACCUGUCUGCUGACCGUGAUGCUGGAGAGAAAUGUGCCAUCCCUUACCUUUUUGCUUGUUAUCAGAGGGCUAAGGAAGAGAUCACAAAGGUACCAGAGAAGUUACUUUCGUUUGCUGUUCGCUGUAAGAAUCUGACAGUUUCUAACACACGAACAGUCCUGCUUACCCCAGAGAUCUAUAUCAGCCAGAAUGUCUACGAAGAGCUUCUGGACCUGCUGCUGGAAGGCUUCAGUGGAGCACAGCCAGAGGAAGUGGUUGAAUUUGUGGAGGAGGUCAUUGCUGGCCUGCUGUCUGAUCAGGAGGUGCGUACUUUUGAGGAGGUGAUAGUACCAGUGUUAGACAUCUUCCAGGGACGCAUCAAAGACUUGGACCUGUGCCAGCCUCUCCUUUACUCUUACCUGGACGUUCUCCUCUAUUUCAGCCACCAUAAAGAUAUUGCCAAGGUUUUGGUGGAACACAUCCAGCCCAAAGACCCAGCUAAUGGUUUGCAGUACCAAAAGAGCCUGCUGGGGAUGGUAUUAAAUAUAUCCUGCUUGCUGAAAACCCCAGGUGUGGUAGAGGGACAUGGCUACUUCCUGAACCCUUCCCGAUCCAGCGCCCAGGAAACAAAGGUCCAAGAGGCCAACAUCCACCAAUUUAUGGGUCAGUUUCAUGACAAGCUGCACCAGAUCUUGAAAAACUUGCUCCAGCGGUCUGGUGAGACCCGCCACUUGUUGCUCUCCUGGUUGGGCAGCUGCCUGCAGGCUAAUGCUGGCCGAGCUAAGAUCUGGGCCAAUCAGAUGCCAGAAAUCUUCUUUCAGAUGUACGCCUCAGAUGCAUUUUUCUUGAACUUGGGUGCAACGCUGCUGAAGCUGUGCCAGCCCUUCUGCAGGCCACGUUCACCUAAACUGCUCACCUUCAACCCAACCUACUGCGCUCUCAAAGAGCUGAGCGAGGAAGAGAGGCGCAAUCGCAAUGUGCACGCAAGAGGUCUUGACAAGGAAACCUGCCUGAUCCCUGUGCCUCCCCAGCAGCCGGUGGAGUCUGCGCAGUCCUACAGCCUGCUGACUGAAAACCUCAUCCUCACACAACUCACCCUGCAUCUCGGCUUUCACAGACUCCAUGAGCAGAUGGUGAAGAUGAGCCAGUCUCUCCAUCGGCUCCAGGUGACAUGGCAGGAGGCCCAGCGAACAGGCAGCCCAAUGUCGGAGCAGCUCCUGGAGCAGUUUGAGCGCCUGAUGAUUGUUUAUCUGUCAACCAAAGCUGCCACUACGCAGCCUGCCAUGCUGCAAUGUUGCCUUAACCUCCAAGCUUCCACUGCUGCUCUGCUCGUUCAGCUUAGUAUGGGGAACCAGGGGCCUGAACAUGUAGCACUCAGUUUUCCCCUGCCCUCCCUGCAGAACACGAUGCUCUGCUAUGUACCUGAGUUUUUUGCAGAAAAUUUGGGAGAUUUUUUCAUCUUCCUGCGGCGAUUUGCAGAAGAUGUCCUGGAGACUUCUGCAGAAAGUCUAGAGCAGAUUCUUAACUUCAUUACUGUCUUCAUGGGUAACGUAGAGAGGAUGAAAAACCCUCAUUUAAGAGCAAAACUUGCUGAGGUCUUAGAGGCAGUGAUGCCCCACAUGGAGCCCGUGGCCCCUGGUGCUGCACAGCCAAUUGUGUUCCAGAGAGAGAGAGUCUUCUGCUCCUAUAGACAUGCACCCCAGCUGGCUGAAGCUCUCAUUACUGUGUUUGUAGACAUUGAAUUCACAGGUGAUCCUCAUCAGUUUGAACAGAAAUUCAACUACAGAAGACCUAUGUAUCCAGCUCUUAAGUACAUGUGGGGAAAAGACAACUACAGAGAGAGCAUCAAGCAUUUGGCAAACUAUGCAUCUGAAAACCUGGAGGCCAUGAACCCCCCCCUGUUCCUCAGGUUCCUUAACUUACUGAUGAAUGAUGCCAUCUUCCUGCUGGAUGAGGCCAUUCAGUACCUGAGUAAAAUUAAGAUUCUGCAGUUGGAGAGGGAUCGAGGGGACUGGGAAGGCUUGGCCCCUGAUGCCAGAAGAGAGAAGGAGUCCAGCCUACAGAUGUUUGGACAGUUGGGACGUUUCCACAACAUCAUGUCCAAUGAGACCAUUGGCACACUGACCUUCCUCACCUCAGAAAUCAAAGGUAUCUUUGUGCACCCAUUCCUGGCUGAGAGGAUCAUCUCCAUGCUAAACUACUUCCUGCAGCACCUGGUGGGUCCUAAAAUGGGUGCUCUUAAAGUUAAGGAUUUCAGUGAGUUUGACUUCAAGCCCCAGCAACUUGUGUCUGACAUCUGCACAAUCUACCUAAAUCUGGGUGAUGAGGAGAAUUUCUGUGCUACAGUCCCAAAGGAUGGGCGAUCGUAUUCUCCUACACUUUUCUCCCAGACCAUUAGAGUAUUAAAAAAGAUCAACAAGCCUGGGGAUAUGAUUGUAGCUUUUGGACUCCUUGCUGAUAAAAUAAAGUCUCAUGCGGACAGACAGCAGCAGGAAGAGGAGACAUAUGCUGAUGCUCCAGAUGAAUUUUUGGAUCCCAUCAUGUCCACCCUGAUGCUCGAUCCUGUUCUUCUCCCCUCUUCUAAUGUAACGGUAGACCGCUCAACUAUAGCAAGGCAUCUCCUCAGUGACCAGACAGACCCCUUCAACCGUAGUCCUCUGACCAUGGACCAAAUCAGGCCAAAUGAGGAACUCAAGCAACAAAUCUUACAGUGGCUGGAGAAACAUAAGCAAGAAAAGCUUCAGCUGGGCCCCAGCGGCUAGCCCUGAUCUCACUGUGACAAACGGCAUUGCCUUGUGCUGUUAUUUUCUUUCCUGGCCGCACAUGCUCCUUUGCUUCAUGGCAGAUCCAUGGUGUGCUUAUUUCUUUGGAUUUAUUCUGACUCCUUCAGCACAACUGACACUGCAUUAGCCUUUCCCUGCAGCUUUCAUGCUUAAUGGAUCGUCGCUGUGACAACAGUCCUGGAAAACUGUAGCCCACCUGCUGGUGACAACUUCAAAAUCCAUACACAGUAGCUGUUUUUCCUCUCAUGAUGCUUUAUUGUAAACACUAGCAGGGUUAUGCAUCCUCGGGUACUGUAUCAAUGAGUUAAUAUAAUCAGAACAGGGGUCAGAAAUAUCUGUUUAACAGCACUUUAAUGUACUGUAUGAACUCCUGUCUGACCACCUGGCCCUAACCAGGUUUUAUACUGGAUGGUAAGUAUUUUUGGGAACCCACUAGUCAUAUUAGUUAACUUCACUUUCAUAAAGAAUACUUCAUACACUGCCUUUCAAAGUUCCUUAACACCCUGUAUGUUUGCACUCUUGGUUCAGUCUCAACAUGUAAAUAGCAUUAAAAGUGAGGCAUAGCUGAAUCUGAAUUUAAUUGUGUAUAUGACUUUCAUUUCAUUGAGUAGAACGAGGCUUUUUUAAAGAAACUUGUUCAUUGCAAUAAGACACUUGUAGCACAAAACAGUUGUCUGUAUUUAAAGAUAUAUCAAUAAGGGUCUUCAGAUCUCCAAGCACCUACCUGUAAUGAAGCGCUAAUUAUCUCAUUAGGAUCUAAGAGGCUUGCUAAUUGAAGUCAAAGGAUAAAUGAUUUGAAAACCCUAUAAAUAAAGUGCACUGAUUCAAAUCAUAUUUUAGGUUGCAAAGAUAUCAGAUUGCAUAUCAAAUCUCCUUAAAUAUUGGCAUUAAUCUACAUUUUGAUGCAGCAGUGCAGAGAGGAAAUGGAUAUUACAACUGAAUAGUGUUUGACAGUGGUGUGAAAUCUCCUGGGGGGCAACUCAGAAAACAAAGUCAUUGUUAAGAAAACAGUGCUCACAAUUUGAAUGCAUAGUUGUUCUAUAUUUUAGAGAGCUUCAUUCAGACAGUAAAGCUGCUGAUCUUUGAGUUUAAAAUCUGUGCAUUGAACCUUUUACACACUCAGCAGUCAAAAAAAACAAAAUAACUGCUCGUGGCCAGAGGAAAAAAAAAUCCUAUAAAAACACAAUUUACCUGUGGCUUUCAGUAACAGAACAUAUUUAAACAUCUCAGGCAUUAGUUUUAAAAUUAUUGGCUUUUAAAAUAAAGAAAAUCAACACAGAAAGAGUAUGUUACUGGGGGGAAAUGAACAGUGCUGUUAGUUUGGUUAAUAUCUGCAGUUCCUCGUUUUAUUUAAAUAGAAAUUGAGAGCAGCAGCAUGGUGAUCUGUGAUUUUGGUUAAAUUUCUUAUUUUAAUUCCAUCUAUAAUUUAUUUUAGGUUUUUUUUCUGCCUCUGCUUAUUAAUACACAACAUUUGUUUACAUUGAACUUUUGAGCAUUUAUCUUAAAAAAGAUAACUGGACAUUCUUGUAAUCAAAGAAAUAGAUUUUGGUGUUUUUUGCAGCUUUGGCUCACCUGAGCUCCUCCAGCCUGCAAACCUGUUUCUCUUUCCAUCUGUGGUACUUUUCUUGGAGAUUAAACCUCCUCCCCAAAGGCAAAAAUACAGGGUUUAAUAAUUUUGAAUGGCUGUGUACAUAACUGUCACUGUCACCCACUGAAUUAACCUUCAUCAUAUUUUAACUGAUGUAUCCUGGUCUAGCAUUUCAAACACAGAACUUUUGUUGUGUACAAGCUUAGUGUAAUAAUGUGUGGGCAAACAGUUGAUCAAUAGACACGGUGCCUAAAACCAAGAGCCUUGCAGUACAUGUCAGCUGACUCGUUUCAUACUCUUAACAGACAUGACUGGGUUUGUUUCUCUGUGGAAUAUGUGGAGCUGUGCAGUACAAUAUGAAAGAAAGGAGAUCAGAAGAAGGUAACAUGUUCUUGAAUUGUAUUUUGAAUUAAAUGGUUUUUAAUUCAAAAUUAGGUGUGCGUGUACAAGAUGGUCAAGUGUGAGAGGAUGAUUAUGUAUUUGUUGGCAUGCUCUGAUUUUGGUGUUGAAUAUCUACCGCCUGAUUACAUGAUUUAAAUUAAAAUGCAAUAUUUUUGUUUUAUUUGUGAUUACAAAAUGUUUAUUAUGGAUGUACAGUAUGAUUA